AUGAUGAAGAACCAAGAGCUUACAACCAAAAAUCAAGAAGCUUCCAUGAAAAAUAUGGAAAGGCAGAUUAGACAGCUUUCCAAGCAAAUUGUUAUUGAGAGACCAUCGAGCUCAUUACCAAGUGACACCAUUCCUAAUCCAAAAGAAGAGUGCAAAACUAUACAGCUAAGGAGUGAAAAGACAUUGGUGGCCAACAAAGAAGCAACCAAGAGAGCUAUGGGCAGUAACAAAGAGUCAACAGAGAAAAAGGAAGCCAACAAGGAUAUGACAACAUGCAAGCAGGCUCAAGAAAUGGAAGAACCAACCAAGGAUCAUAGGCAGGGAGUGAACUUCACACCUCCAUUGCCAUAUCCCCAAAGGUUCAACAAAGAUACAAAGGACCAACACUUCCCUAAAUUCCUUGAACUCUUCAAGAAGUUGGAGAUAAACAUCCCCCUGGCUGAGGCAUUAGAGCAGAUGCCUCUAUAUGCAAAAUUCUUGAAAGAGCUCAUCAACAAAAAGAGGAGUUGGCAAGAGAAGAAAACAGUGCUACUCAUUGAAGAAUACAGGGCAUUAAUUCAAAAAGGGCUUCCACCCAAACUUGAAGAUCCUGGAAGUUUCCUUCUACCUUGUACCAUCGGCAGUAUGAUCAUCAACAAGGCAAUGUGUGACUUAUUGGCUAGCAUCAAUCUGAUGCCCUAUUCUCUGGUGAGAAAGCUGUGCAUAGAAGAAGUGAAGCCAAUACAAAUAUCUCUAGAACUAGUGGACAAGUCAGUGAUCUGUCCCAGGGGUGUGAUUGAAAACCUUCUAGUUAAGGUGGACAAAUUCAUAUUCCCUACGGAUGACAUGUCACCAUACUCAGAUGAGGAUGAAGGUGAUUCCAUUAUACUUGGAAGACCAUUCUUGGCCACAGCUAGGGCCAUUAUAGAUGUGGAGCAAGGAGAGCUGACCCUCAGAAUGCAUGAUGAAAGUAUCACUCUGAAUGUAUUUCCAAAAACACAGCUCAUUGAUGAAAAGAAGAAUCGCAUGGAAAUUGACAAGGAAGGUUUGCAGUGGAAGGAAGGAAUCAACAAGACAACCAGUAAUUACCUUCCAAAGUAA